UCUGAGGGGGUAGUUUGUGAUCUUUUAGGUAGAUAUUAGCUUUUAGGAGCGAUGGAGGAUCAGGGUAUUAUCCUGAACAUCAUUCAGACUCCCGUUCAGAGGGGCAACAGAAGCAAGCCUCAAGACACCCAGAAGCCCAAAGGACACUGGCAGGCAAAGGCUGCAAAAAGAAAGAUUCAAGAUCCCAGUGAGGAGCCUUCAUCUAAGCGCCCAACGCCUACGCCUAACCAGAAGAAGCAACCCAAGGAUGCUGGCAUGGAACCCGGCAAGUGCCCGACUCCAGAUUCGUCAAACAAGAAGGUCUUGAAAAGAAAGAAGGAGGAGAGCACAAAGGAAAAGUCUUCUGUGAAAACGUCCUCCCUCUUCAAGAACAACCCUGAGGUCCCGGAAAUCGAAAGGCUCAAAGUGAAACAACUGCAAGAACAAGUUUUCUCGUCGGAUUCAUUCUCUGAGUUGAACCUCCACCCUCAUCUGGUCUCCACAAUCAACAAUGUACUCAAUAUUGAACGUAUGACCAGUGUCCAAAAGAUGACUAUCCCAGCUCUUCUCGGCGGAAAAGAUGCACUGGUUCGAUCACAGACAGGUUCUGGUAAAACAUUGGCAUACGGAAUUCCAGUUGUUCAAGCUCUCCAAGGCGUCACCUCCAAAAUCCAGCGCAGUGAUGGACCAUAUGCCCUUGUUUUGGUUCCUACUAGAGAGCUGGCUCUGCAGAGUUUCAACACUAUUCAGAAGCUGCUGAAGCCCUUCACCUGGAUUGUACCUGGCGUUCUUAUGGGAGGAGAGAAAAAGAAAUCAGAGAAAGCAAGAUUGCGUAAAGGAAUUAAUAUUCUGAUAUCUACCCCUGGGAGGCUGCUGGACCACAUAAGGUCCACCAAAAAUAUCCACUUCACACGUGUACGAUGGCUUGUUGUGGAUGAAGCAGACAGGAUCCUUGACCUGGGCUUUGAGAAGGACAUCACCGCCAUACUCAAUGCCCUGAAUGCACAGUGUCAGAAGAGACAGAACGUACUCCUUUCAGCCACACUAAGCCAAGGAGUGGCCAGAUUGGCUGACGUCAGUUUGAACGACCCAGUCAGUGUGACGGUUAUGGAUGAUGACAGCAGCCAAACCAAGUUUGCUGUGGAAGCUAAGCCAAAGGAGAACGCCGGGGACCCCUGCAGUUUUGCUGUGCCAGAGCAGCUCCGCCAGCAUGUAGUGGUGGUCCCAAGCAAACUAAAGCUCGUCAGCUUGGCCGCAUUCGCCUUAGGGAAAUGGAAGUGCGAGAAGAAGCCAAAGAUGAUUGUGUUCUUUCCAAGCUGUGAGUUGGUGGAGUUCUACCACACUCUGUUCAACAAUGUCCUGACCCCUCACCUCUCUAAAACGGAUUCCAAGGACCUCCAUGUUUUCCUGCGGCUCCAUGGGAACAUGGAACAGGAGGAAAGGACCGAGGUGUUUGAGCAGUUCACCCGGGCCCGGGCUGGUAUACUGCUGUGUACGGAUGUUGCUGCUCGGGGCUUGGACCUUCCACGCGUGACCUGGAUAAUUCAGUACAACGCCCCGGCCUCCAGUGCCGAAUACAUACACAGGGUGGGUCGGACGGCCAGACUCGGAGCUCAAGGGAGCAGUUUGCUUAUCCUCAUCCCAUCGGAAGCAGAGUAUGUCCAGACUUUGGCGGCCCACAAGAUCAGUGUAUCCGAGAUGAAAAUGGAUGAUAUUUUGUCCAGCCUUCUGGCCGAGGAUUUUUUGAAAAUCAAACGCGUGCAGAACAAGAAAUCGGAGGCCACUGGCCCCCAAGCGGUGCGGGAGAGGGCCACUGUGCUGCAGACCAAGUUUGAAGACUACGUGCAUUCCAGUCCAGAUGCAGCCCUAAGUGCAAAAAAAGCUCUACAGUCUUAUAUCCGGUCGUACGCUACGUAUCCCAAGAGCCUGAAGCACAUCUUCCACGUCCGCUCCUUGCACCUGGGCCAUGUGGCCAAGAGUUUUGGACUGAGGGACGCUCCGCAGAACCUCAGCCAUCAGCUGGCCAAAAGUCCAAAGAAUCAAGACAAAGCUAAACACAAGAGGUCGGGGAUGAAGAAGACGGGCGUGAAACAGCGCUUCUCGGACCUCUUACGUUCUGAGUAUGCCAGCGGAUUUGCCCCAAAACCUAAGAAAUUAAAAAAGGUUGUGAAAACCGAGGAGCAGGCAUAAACAGUACGGCCCGGAAUACCUCACAGCUACUGAACACCAGCCAUCGAAUUGUGUGCUAUUAAGAACCAGGAUUGUCUAGAGUUGGCACCACCUGUGGCAAAGCAUCCGCUGAUCCCCAAAUGUGACAAUUUAUUUUAUCGAGGUCACACGGCUACCAGCAUUGGGUCUUCAACGUUGCCAAAGAGAAGUCCUUUUGGUUGAUCUAGCUGUAGUGUCCUUUGCAGCCUCCCCAAAACAAAAUACGUAUCUCGAAUGUGUAUGUACAUGUAUGUGUAUGUGUAUGUACAUGUAUGUGUAUAUAUAUAUAUAUAUAUUUUAUGAAUGCAUUAUAUGUUUGUAUUUUGUUAUUACGAGGCUGUGAACAAAGCUUGCGAUUCUUUCAUUACCUUUAUUUAUUGGCGCUGAAGGCGUAUAACCUUAAUCUC